GGGGCGCGCGGUUUUUGCCAGUGUUCUGGUGGGUGCUGCUACCUAACAAGGGUCUAGUCGCAGUUAGCUCUUUGUUUUGAGCAUGCAGCUUCUCUUUUUUCAUAGUGAACGAAACCGCAGAGAGGAACAGAAGAGAGACGAGCCAGUUAAGUUCCACUCGUUGUGAUCCAUCACUUUAUGGCCAUGAAGCUUGUAGCCUCUGUCUUCAUACUGGCUGUAGCCUCCUUCUGCCAGGCUCUGGAGAACGGACUCAUGAGAACACCCCCAAUGGGUUGGCUUGCAUGGGAGCGAUUUCGUUGUAAUGUUGACUGCAAGAAUGAUCCUCAGAACUGUAUCAGUGAAAAUCUGUUCAUGGAAAUGGCAGAUUACCUGGUGACCAAUGGCUGGAAGGAUUUGGGCUAUGUGUAUGUGAACAUAGAUGACUGCUGGACAGCAAAGAAGCGGGAUGCCAAAGGACGACUGGUUCCAGAUCCUGAGAGGUUUCCUCAUGGGAUCAAAGCCUUAGCAGAUUAUGUACACUCAAAGGGACUGAAGCUUGGCAUUUAUGGUGACCUUGGUAUCUAUACCUGCGGUGGAUACCCGGGCACUAAAUUGAAUCAAAUUGAACUGGAUGCUUCGACUUUUGCUGAAUGGGGGGUGGACAUGCUGAAGCUAGAUGGCUGCUAUUCAUCAGCAUGGUACCAGGCCAAAGGUUAUCCUCGAAUGACCAGGGCUCUAAAUGCAACAGGCCGUCAUAUUGCCUAUUCCUGUAGUUGGCCAGCAUAUCGAGGGGGGCUUCCACCACAGGUAAACUACACCCUCCUGAGCAAUAUCUGUAAUCUCUGGCGAAACUAUGUUGACAUUCAAGACUCUUGGGAUAGUGUCCUCUCCAUUGUGGAUUGGUUUUCAAACCAUCAGGAUGUGCUUCAGCCACAGGCCGGCCCUGGCCACUGGAAUGAUCCAGACACGCUAAUCAUUGGAAACUUCGGUCUUAGUGAGGAACAAUCCCGGUCCCAGAUGGCCUUAUGGACUAUCCUUGCUGCUCCUCUUUUGCUAUCCACAGACCUCCGCACAAUUUCUCAAAGUUCAAAGGAGAUUCUGCAGAACAAACUGAUGAUCAAAAUCAACCAAGAUCCCCUAGGAAUCCAAGGACGCAGAAUCCUUCAGGAGAAAUCUUACAUUGAAGUGUUCCAGAGGCCUCUUUCCUGCUCAGCCAGUGCUCUGGUUUUCUUUAGCCGGAGGACAGACAUGCCAUAUCACUAUACCACCUCCCUUGCCAAGCUCAAUUAUACACAAAAUGCCAUAUAUGAGGUACAAGAUGUCUACACUGGUGAAAUGAUCAGUGGGUUGAAGAUUACUGACAAAUUCACAGUGGUAAUUAACCCCUCUGGGGUAGUCAUGUGGUACCUCUACCCAAUAAUGUACCUGGACCAGCCUUUCAGCUUUCUAAACCAGUUUUAUAAAUCUGAAACCAAGAAGUUCUAUCCUUUUCCACUGUGACAUCAAAAGGCCAAAUGGAUCCUCGUUUGGUAUAGCAUCUUAGCAAACCUGGUGUAGCUGACAGUGCCCCACACUGAAAAUAAUCAAAUUGUGCAAGUUGGUAAUUUACGCAUAGCUUCUGGAUACUAAUGGAGACAAUUUAUAUCUACCUCAAUGGGCCAAGGAAAAGCUUGGAGAAUCAGCCUUAAUGAUUGCCUGAUGUAUUUUAAAAUACUCAUAGUGCAGUCUAGAUAGCUUUAAACAGUAGGAAAUUUUAAAUUAUUCUUACAAUUAUGAAUCAGCUGUCAUAGUAGAUGUUUAAUACCCAAAUGGAGAAUGAUCUGAGAGCUGCAAUAUCCUAUUCUGCCUACAUACAAAUAUUUUUCAAAUGUGCAACAGUAGUGGGAAAGGUGCUAACAGCAAGCAUAUUAAGUUUAUGGAAGGGAAAUUACCCAGCAUGGUGUCUUCCACCUACAAUAUUUGCGAGAGGCUGAAUCAUAUCUUUGAAUCAUAAGAGUUGGAAGAGAUCUCCAGGGUCAUCUAGUCCAACCCGCUGCAUAAUGCAGGAAAAUCAAACUUUGUUAUGAUCAAGACUUCUGUUCUUUGAACAGCAAAUAGAAUGAUGAAUAUAUUGAUUUUUUUUUUGGACACAAGUUCCAUAACAGGGGAAAAACUCAUUUUCACAUGCCAGCUUUAUAGUUACCUUUCAAGUAGCAGCUUGUUGCUGUGAGGGGACAUCAUAAUGAACACAUAACCCAUUAACUCUGUCAGGAAGCACUGCUGUGUAACAGGAAAACAAGUGGCUAUGACCAUCUCUGGGGCAGAACUUGAGCUUAGGGAUAGCAUACAGUUUUGAGAAAUAUAUGUACAGCCUAGAAACUUAAUAUCUGGUAAGGAUAGCCCUACCAAAAGGAGGGAGUCAGUUUGUGGAACAGACUGUACAGUAAGCAGUGUGCUCCCCCUUAAACUAUUUAGGGGACUUCAUGUUAAAUGAAAGUAAUGCUGUACGUCAUGUAAUACAGAUGCAAACAGUUAUCAAAACUGCUACAAACUGAACUUGAGCAGGCCAAAAUCAAGUUUAAGUAUCACUGGAAGAUGCUGUUACUUGUCAGCCAUUUGGUGCUUUUUCUUUUUCUUUUUUUUGCUUGUAACUUUCAUGCACUUAUCUGUGGAAUAAAGAUAAUCUGACACUGC